CACAUUUUUACUUCACACAAGAAGGAGUGCUGACCCACUGCAACCACCAAUAUGUAUUUGUACCUGUUUCUUACAAUUCUCUGCGCAACUUGCCUGGCACAACCUUUCCAGGACCACUACUCCUUCUCCCCUGCAGUCGGAGGUGGUUCUGGGACCCAAUACGUGACAAAAGGAGCAGGCCGAGUUACAGCAAUUCGGGUUUGGGAGCUAUUUGGCUCUUACAUCGUUGGAAUUCAGCUGCGAUACGAUUAUACGUGGAGCAAUGUAGUUGGACGGUCAAUUCUCCAUCAAGAGCCACAGGAAAUGUACCUACGCAAUGAUGAAGCAAUUGUUCAGGUGUCUGGAAAAUACUCUUCCUUCAACUACAUCUAUCAGAUUAUCUUUGUGACAAACAAAGGGCGUUUUUUGAUUGCUGGCCAGCCAGUACAGAUCUCUUUUAACUUUUACCCAGUGCACCCGGAUGCUGAACUCCGAUUCCUCAGUGGCCGCUUCAAUGGGGCUGGGAUUACUUCACUGGGAGCUCACUGGGGAGUCCCAAAACUGAAUGCAACUUACUAACUUGUUAAGGAAUGAACACUGACGUGUGGACCUGUUAAUCAGGCUAUAAACAGCAUACCGGUAUGUUUACUUCUUACCGUAUUUUUCGGACUAAAAGUGUACAUUUAAAAUCCUUAAUUUCUCUCCUAAAUUAUCAAUGAGCUUCAUAAACUAGUCCACCUCUGAAUUCUUGUUGUGAUGAAAGACCUCAAAAACGAUUUCGUGCGAGCAUAAGUAUAUUAUACUGCUCCGGUAAAGUGCUCAAGACAGCCAUUAAUCAUUUAUCAAACCCAUAAAUAAAACAUUAAAUACUAAUGCUCAACAAAAAUUUGGAAAUGAUCUUCUUCAAUGAAAAAAAAUGGCUAAAUCGUACUUGCUGUGGUGACAUGGGUUGGAAAAUAAUUCUGGGUUGGUUGGCUAAAGUAUUCAUUUAAUGUACGGUAUUAAUUUAAUGUUAAAGUUUGAUUACUAAGAUACAUUGUUGUAAAUUCAGUAUAUGAUAUCAGUUUUACAAGUUACUACAUCUGACAUAAGAUGGAUACAUCAGUCAGUGCCACCGCUAAGGAAAUGUGGCAACAUGGAUGCAUUUUGUCCACUUUCAAAAAAGGAUUUAUGCAAGUGAAAAUAGCAUAUUAUGUCAAAGCUCUUGCCUACAUGAUUAUAUUUGAGAAUGAAGUUCAUUCGCUGCCAUCCCUCCCACUUCAAACGGAUUGAACGUUUGAAGUGGUGAACUUCAAACUUUUUUAGGUAUAUAUGUUUACGUAGAAAUAACAAUUUCCUUUUCAAUUAAUAUCCAUUUUCACCUAAAUUGCUUGGAUUUUAACAUUUCAGCCAGAUACUGUAUCUCAAAAACCAUAGCCAAUUGACACUUUUGACCUUAUUUAACUUUAUUGGUGACCCGAUUUUAGUAAAGUCUCACUACUUUUAUCGAGGUACCACAGUCAGGGUUGUUGCACCCCUUUAAAAGUCAAAUUCAAUUGCGUUUUAAGACAUUUUUAAGUCCUCAAAAAUAUAAUUUAAAACCAAAACAUGUUGCAACAAUUUCUGAUAAAGAAAAAACUCAUUUUAAUGCACUGUAAACACAGAGCUUCUGCCACAGACCACUGGUGGGUUUUUUUUC